UGAAAAGGCCGUGUGGUUCGGCCUCGUAUGAGGUUUCCGACUCUGCAGCAGUAAAACCCUUGCUCAUGAUAUGACUUACUGCAAUCCAUGUAGCAUAUAUAUAACUAUCCGUUCGAUUUGUAGGCUUAUUGCUCCCAGCUUGAACUAAUCUAUCUCAGUCGGGAUGUUCCAUCCGAACACAAUUUCGAGUUCGCUACGAGAUGAUUCGAAGUGUGCCACGGAACUUGUAAUAACUCACAUAGUCUUUCACAUGCCAAUUCAAUGCAAGACCGAAAAAAAGGUACAAGAUGCGCCGCAGGGAAACACCAAGCCUCUAAGAAAGGCCGAUCAGCUGCUAAAGAAGUGCCAAACGAGAUCUAAAAGGGUCAUCUGACACGCAAG